AUGGGCCCCUCCAAAUAUUUCCACAAGAAUCGUUCAAGCCAUUCGUUGCUCAAUUCGCACGACGUGGAGGACAAGGGGCGCUUCCAACCGUCUCCGGCUGAUUCUCCCUUGCACUCCCCUGCAUUUCCACCUUCGCAGUACGGCCAGGAGGAGGAAGACGAGGAUACUGAGCUAGAUCCCCACUACAGGAACCAAUAUCACCCAGAAGAGGCACGAUAUUAUCAGUCUGCAUACCCUGUUCGGUCGCAAAGCACGCGGAACCCUAGCCAUCUGAAUACCAACGUCUCACAGCCGACUAUCAAUCUGGUUGGACCUGCCCACAGCACCCCCAGCUCGACUAUUGACGAAGGAGCUCCCGACUCUUUCUACCGGCAAGGCCCAGCUCCCAAUCCUCCUGCGCACAAAGAAGAACGUAAAAAGAGGCGAUUCUUUGGCCUUGGUAGCUCCAAGGAGCCCACCAGCAGUCCUGCGUCUUCAAAGCUUGGUCGGAGUAUUUCAGUGCGCCGGAGAGAUCAGCCUCCAGAAAACUAUCAAGAGAACGUGCGACACGCACCUCAGCAGGACUGGCCAAGUACACACACAUCCCCUGCGGAAGAGUACGACGAAGACCCAGAAGACCGAGCCGGACUCUAUCCUCCACCAUACCCGACCGGACCUCCUCGUCCAGAUAAGGAGCCUCUUCGUAGCCCAGGUCUACCACCGUCCAUCUCCCACCAAGAUUACUCCCAAGCGAAAACAAAUACCAGUCCGACUCAGUCUCGACGAGGUCAAUCCGAUCGGCAAGGAUCCUACGAGUCAUCUUGGACAAGGGCCUCAUCUAACAUUCACCAUCAUACGCAUAGCGAACCUCCUCAACAGCAACCUCAGACAGCGUAUCACGUUUCACCCUCUUCCGCCACAUCGACCGUUUCUGGACAACACUUCAGUCACCAGCCCCCACGCAACACAUUACAGCAGCCUUGGCAAGAGGAAAUACCUAGUAGACCUUCUUCUCAGCAAAGCCUAGAGCCCCCACCCUCAGCCCAAAGCACGCGGACAUACGACGCGCAACAUACAAAAGGCAGAUCUAGCGAGACUUCAUCGUUGUCGCAUUAUACACAGAGCUCGAUGGGACCGCCAGCUCCUCCACCUCCCCCUCAAGCUCCAAAUAGGCGCCCCAGCGAGGUCGCGGCACCGCCCCAAUCAGGCGAGCAAGGGAGAGAAGGCGGGUAUCAACCAUACAAUCAAAACAUCCAAGAUCGCGCUGCAAUGAGUUCCAAUGCCCCUCAGCAGUAUGGCACCCAACUCGCACCGCAUCAAAGCUACAGGAACUCGCAAAUAUCCUCGGUCGGCGCACAGGGUCAUGAGCAGGGCCGAAGCACACCUCCCCCAAGCCGGUCGCGGGAUGACCUCUCGACUAUGGACUAUCCUCAAUUGCAAACAAAGCAUGAAGAAUUGCAGGACAAGUAUCGCAAAGUAAAGAAAUAUUACUUUGACAAAGACGCUCAGGUGCAGCAGCUCCAGAACACCCUAGCACACCAGAGGCUCGCCCAGUCACGGACAUCUUUAGACGACAACGAGUACGUCAACCGCUUCACACGCCUAGAUGGCGCGAUCAACAACCUAGCUUUCAAUAUUCGUCGCGACUGGCGUCAAAUACCUCCCUGGCUUGGGGCUCACUGCAAUCGAGAUGCCACCACCAACCCGACAAAAGAAAUGACCGCCGUCGGCCGCGCCGCGAUAUCCCGGUGGCUGAUAGACGAGCUUCUAGAUCGCCACUUCCACCCCGGCCUUGAGCCAAACCUUUCCUCCCAUCUAAAAAUCAUAGAAAAAAACCUGCGCCGCUUCGCACCUCCCACGCCAACCGAUGAGGAAAGAGAAGCUCUGAUGGCUAAGAUCUCGAAUUGGCGUCUCUCUACCCUUGAUGGCCUGCAAGAGUUCCUCGCCGCUCCGAAGGCCACCGAAUAUCGCACCACUCUGACCGAGAGCCUUGUCGAAAAACUUGUGGCGAGCCUGGGUAUGAUGCUCAAAGAGCCCAUGCCCCCCGGGAUUGAAGGAGGUGUGGGCAUGAUCGUUGAGCUCGCGGUCGGCAUCUCCGCAAAUCUUCCGCUGGAGAGCCGCGACGUUUUUGUCGAUUACGUUACCCCUGGUCAACUCAUCACAGACACGUACAUGAAGGUCGAAACUGGGCUUCCGCCCUUGACGAACCCUGGAGAAGCGCCUGAGGGGGAGACGGCAAGUAUGAUGUCUGGAUCUAAGCAGACGGAGGAGACGGGCAGUAUCGAUAGUCGCGAGACGGGGAAUAGUAACGGUGAAGCUGGUGGUGCUGCUGGCGGAGAGGGCCAUAAAGAGAGCCCGCAGCAGCAGGCUCAGGGUGCUAAGAAGAAGAGUAUGUUUGGGAAUUUCAUGGGUAGUGGGGGGAGCAAAAGGGGAAUGCUCCUGGGAAUUCCUCUUCGACGUCUGGACAGGGACAAGGUCCGCCAGGCGGGCAGGGUGGAUCGCAGGAGAGGAAGGAGGAUAGGGUCCGAUUCUCGACGUUCAUGGCAGUGCAAGUUCGGGGGAAGAGCGUGCUGGUUAAGGCGCCGGUCUAUGUGA